CAAUUUUCCAUCUCUCCGCCCCCCUAAUCAAACAAACGAUCUGUCUCUCUCUCUAUCUCUCUGAUCCAACGCCGAUCGCCGGGGAGGAAAUCAUGCAGUACAAGAAUCUGGGCCGAUCGGGGCUGAAGGUCAGCCAGCUCUCGUUCGGCGCGUGGGUCACCUUCGGCAACCAGCUCGAUGUCAAGGAGGCGAAGUCGCUCCUCCAGUGCUGCAGGGACAGCGGGGUUAACUUCUUCGACAACGCCGAGGUCUACGCCAAUGGCCGGGCCGAGGAGAUCAUGGGUCAGGCGAUCCGCGAGCUGGGUUGGAAGCGCUCCGAUAUCGUCGUCUCCACCAAGAUCUUUUGGGGCGGUCAGGGUCCUAAUGACAAGGGGCUCUCCCGGAAGCAUAUUGUGGAGGGAACCAAGGCUUCGCUGAAGCGGCUCGAUAUGGAUUACGUCGAUGUCAUUUACUGUCACAGGCCAGACAUAUCAACACCGAUUGAGGAAACUGUGAGGGCGAUGAAUUACGUCAUUGACAAGGGCUGGGCUUUCUACUGGGGCACCAGCGAGUGGUCAGCACAGCAGAUCACUGAGGCCUGGGGGAUUGCUGAGAGGCUGGAUUUGGUUGGACCCAUUGUGGAACAGCCAGAGUAUAAUAUGCUAUCGAGGCACAAGGUUGAGUCGGAGUACCUCCCGCUGUACACCAACUAUGGCGUGGGUCUUACCACAUGGAGUCCACUUGCUUCCGGAGUACUUACUGGCAAAUACAGCAAAGGAAAUAUACCUCCGGACAGCCGUUUCGCUUUGGAGAAUUACAAAAACCUUGCCAGCCGAUCCCUGGUUGAUGAUGUGCUGAAGAAGGUCAAUGGGCUUAAGCCAAUUGCUGAUGAACUAGGUGUGCCUAUGGCUCAACUUGCGAUAGCGUGGUGUGCUAACAAUCCAAAUGUUUCAUCAGUAAUUACUGGUGCCACAAAAGAGUCCCAGAUUCAAGAGAACAUGAAGGCCAUCGAUGUCAUCCCACUACUGACACCCGCUGUGAUGGAGAAGAUUGAAGCUAUCCUUCAAACCAAGCCCAAACGUCCGGAUUCAUACCGGUAAAUGAAAGGGUUCAUAUGCAUGGUCUCUCCCCAUUUCCUUGGCAGGGACAUGUCUGGUGAAGUUUCGUGUGUCGUCAUUGAUCUUGUCUGCAGUAGCUAGAUGGCAUUGUGCUUGUGGUGCCGUAGCUAUUUCUACAUUCAGUAGUUUCACUUUCCCCAUGGUCUGAAAACUCUCAGGAAAGGGAUUCGAGCUUUAGCUGUUUAUCAUGAACUUGUCAAUUGGAUGGAUUUCCAGUGGAUUUUUAUGUAUUCUAAGAUUGUGGACUUCCUGUGUGUGGCUUUCGUUAGUAACUCUACUAUAUUUAUUCCAUUUGCUGUGUGAUAGCCAGUGCGGUGGAGAUAAAACAUACAGGCACAGAGUUCAAGCGCAUUUUGCUCUUACUAAAUGAGGAAUUCGGUUACAACAGGUUCCUAGAGAAC